GUUCAAGUCGAAAUGUAGGCUGGAAGGCUUUUCUUCCAGACGUUCCGCGAGCAUAGUCCUCAUAUUUCCGAUUGCCCUGAAUGCAGCAUGCAAAAGUCCGCCCUUAACCGGAAAGUGAAAGAAAACUUGAAAGCGGGUCAGAAUGGGCAGCCAGGAAGUCGUCGAGUUGCUCGGGAAGUGCCUCAGGGCAGCAGAAGCAGCAGCAGAAGAAGCCUCCACUGACGUCGACAGGCACAACUACUGCAGUGUCAGAGAUUCCCUGUGCGCGGAGCUGGCUUUGCUUCUGCGGGAGGCCUCGGAAAUGAGGUGGCCCUUCGUGCCCGAGAGGUGGCAGUUCCAGCAGGCCGUCAGCUCCCGAGACAAAAGCAACCUGAACGAGCUCGUCGGCCAGCACCUACCGCAGCUCCUGAACGUCCUGGAGGCCGCCAUCGUGGCCCGGGAAGCCGGCGCGGCGCUCGCUGUGAUAUUUUUGCUCGACCGCUUCCUCUACUGGACAGACGAGUCCGGCUCGUUGUUGAAAAUCAGCAAGCUGCUUCACAAGCGCUACCGAGGCGCCCCCGUGGCCCCUCAGCUGCUCAUACGACAGGCCCGGGUGUACCUCAGCUCAGGCAAACUGGAGAAGGCCGAGCACAUACUGAGCCAUCUCAUUGCCAACAGCGGCGACACAGGAUGUUGGGUGUACCGUUCAGAAAGUGACCGUGCUCUUGUGCAAGCUGUUAGUCUGCAAGUGCGUGGAACGGUUUUGCAAAAACUAGGUCUGUGGGCGGAGGCCGCGGAGCUGGUCUGGGCUUCUCUGGUCGGUUACAACGCGCUGCCUCGACCGGAUAAAAAGGGCAUCGGAACCUCUCUCGGCAUCCUAGCUAACAUACUGCUGUCCAUGAACGAUGAGGACUUCCGUGCUUUCAAGUCGACCCCAAACGUCGAUUUAUCUUUGCUCGGCGACGCAUCCCACCGUCUUCUGUCCGCAGCCAAGGCAGCCGCAAUGGCGGUGGUCUACAGCCAGUACACGUCACUCUACGUGCUGACCAAUGCGACAGCCCAAGGGACCUGCUUGUUGUCGUACAGUUUCUCUGCGGCGUGUCUCCCCGCAAAGAGGACGUUCUUCCUGCUACAGGCCAAGGAGGCGUUCGAAGUGGGCCUCCUCGCCAAAACUGAGGGCGAGGUGGUCCCCAGCAAGCAGGAGCUGCACACCUUCAUCAAGGCGGCUUAUUCGCUCGUUGUCACUCACAAAUGGCUUGACGGACCUUCUGAGGCCGUGACGCGGUCGUCGCGGGCUUGCCAAGAGGCUUUGGCUCGCUUUUACGAUUACUGCCACGCGGACGCCCAGGACAGAGGAAGCUUCUGCGCGGAAAUCAUGGGGUUGAUGGCUCGAGUCAAGCUGGAGUUGCACGUGGAGCCGUUCGUCAAUUCCGACAGCCGCUCUUUUAUCCCCGAUAGCUUCAGAAACAUGAGUGGCGCAUUGGCUGAUUUCACUUUGGAUGACUUCUCCAGGGUGCUGCACAGAUUUCAGAAGUAUCACAUGUCGCUGUGUAAGACCACAAACGCAAAAUGUAAGGCCGGGAACCAGGUAGUGGAUGGAGCGAGGAUGUGCAUUACGGCGUUUGGGACAACGGAGGACGUUUUUAACGGCGAAUGCAUCACAGAGGCCUGCGGACUUUCAAGGGACGCACGGUCGGAUGUUUCUCGACUGCCUGAGCCCCGCAGCAACGUCGCGAGUGCAAACAGUCUCGGCUCUUCCCGCAAGAAAUCCUCCUCGAGAAGGUCUGCGUCAGGGAGGUGUGCCGUCGACAGCCCCGCAAUCCUGAGAUCACAGAGACUUGCCACCCACUUGUCUUCCGGUGCAAGUCACAGUUCUGACAAGUUUGAAAUAGUAGAAGCUGAAAUACCAACCGUGGGCUCUGAUACCCCCGAUGAUGACCACGGUCCAACGGACCCACCGGCGGACGAACUGCCGCAGUCCUUAUCCCGGCUGAUGCUGCGAUCGAGCUCUCUCAGCAACAGUUUUAAAUCAGAGUCGUCGUGGGAAAACAUCUCGAGAACAUCCAGGUCUGCAGGAAGCUGCCAGAGCAGCAAAUCAUCUGAGUCCAGUGGGAGCUUCUUUCUCAUGAAAACGCAAGAUUGCCAAACCAGUGAUCCAGAGUAUGACACUGCUUCUGGGUGGGAAUUCUUGUGCAUGCCCAAAGCGCUGGAGAGCCCUAAUGUAGACUCUGGGAGCUGUAGCACCACUGAACCCUCGACAGAAAAUUCUCACGGGACACCAGACGAGUUGACGCUCGGUCCUCAAACGUCGUACCCUCGGUGCGACAGCUGCCUCAAGAGCAACACCCCGGCGAGGCAGUAUUUGUUGUCCCGGGAGGACUACCGCAGCCUCCUGGCCGGGGUUUGCCACGGCUGUCUGCUGAAGAGACUGAGCAGCGACAAGGCGAAGUUCAAACUUGAGCACUACAGCACGGCCCACGAUGCGCUACAUUUAAAGUUCUCCAAAGCCUCAGGACUGUGGACAGCGAGGGAGACCUGUGCCUAUAUUGGCCAAUCAAUGGGCUUGCACGGCUCCCACAGAACCGCCAUCUGGGUCCAGUUCUUACACCAGGAGGAAAGGCUGAGCAGUUACGUCGGCAAGGACUACCGGAAGCCAACGCAGAUCCAGUUUCACCUGAGAGAUGUGGAGAGGCAGAUGACGGCCCAGUAUUACGUGACAGAAUUCAACAAGAGGCUCUAUGAGAAGGAGGUCACGGCCCAGAUGUUCUUCCUGCCCUCGGAGGCGCUCUUGAUUUUGGAUGGAGAUGAGAUCGCGGGCUGCAUCACUGUGGAGCCCUACAUGCUUGGCCAAUUUGUCAAACUCACCAACAACAUCAAAAAGAAGAACGACAAGCUCCCCGCGACGGAGUACGGCCUGGCCUUCGGACAUUUCACCUACCUGCACUCCAACUGCCAGGACGUCGUCGUGGACUUGCAAGGGUGGGCGACGGCCAAUGGCAAAGGGCUGACUUACCUCACGGACCCCCAGAUACACUCCACGAGGGCCCCGCGCGGCCCGUCCAACCUCGCUCAGAGCGGAAUCGCUUCCUUCCUGCGGGAGCAACACGGACCGCAGUGCAACAAGGAAGUGACUCCACCUCGCUCACUUCUGGGUGCCUGCGAGCAGCGGAGGGGUGCAAACAUGAGACUUUUCGUUGUGCUUGCGUGCUUUGUGGCAGCGUGCGUGGCCCAGAAGCCUCACCCGUGCACGAGUCCUUCUCUUCUCAGCGGCCAGCUUACUUUGGCCACACAGAACGAGCAGCUCUGGGCUUUCGCCCGCUACCUGUACGACGCGCUGGGACACAGGAUAAGGCUCCAGGAGAUUGGAUUUUACCAGAAUAAGUCUUUCACCUAUGAUGCUCUUCUUCUCUACAGAGAGGCCCUCAUGUACGAGAUUAACCAUCAGGAACACACGUGCAAGAAAAGAGCCCUGCGGGUAGACUUCCACCCGAUGGCGGUCCCCAGAAACGCUUCCCUUUUGGGCCAGGCCGUCGUGGGGAGUUCCUCGAGCCCGGGUCAGGGUCUUCUCGUCAACACGUGGACGGGCAAGCUUCCUGACAACGCGCCCUACAUCGUCACGGUCACUGAAUUCGGAUGCAUUCCUGUCUCCACAACCUACAAAACUCUGUCGUUCGGUUGGAUGGUGACAAGCUUCUUCAACAACGUCAUUGGCAUUUCCGACCCCAAUCAGCUCAAUCCUCCUGACUUCUGCCAGGACGCGCUGGACGAGGAGCCGGUCGACUUCUUUAGCUUGUUCCGUGUGAAAUGAGCGACCGUAUCGUUAGAGUAGUGAAGCACUCGCCCGUCCGUCCACAUAAUCAUCUCACGUUAAACUACGAUCACGCUCAUUUACAAAAGUUAACUUGAAUACAUCGGCGUUGUGUUUGAAGCUUGUUGUACUGACCCUAAGCGGUCUAUCUUUGAAUUCAGAUUUGUUGGCGAUCAAUUAUGUGUCUACUGUUUGCUUUGUUUGUUUGCUCGCUCGCAUCUUCAACAAUGUACAGAAAUGCCUUA